CUCAAGGAAAAUUCAUUCUCUCUAGAUUUGGAUCAUGAAACAAGUGAACUCUCAGUUUUUAUUGAUAGGGUGGAUCUUAAUGAAUUAACUUCCGGUAUUAAAUGGCUAUCCACAUCUAUCUUGUCUUUAUGGUGCACAUAUCUACAUCGCAUGUGUAUCUCCAAGAAUUUCAACAAACUAUUUGGGUUUCUCGAUCCAAAUAGGAUACUAGUUCACACAAAACCGGCCGAAGUUAUUCAAACAUACAUACAAAAUAAGUUGGAUGGAGAGCCAAAAAAAUGUUAUUUAGGACCAUUGCUAAAUAGCAAUCACUGGCAAUUGUUUGUCAUUUGUCCUGAAGAUAAUAUUAUUUUUUGGUUUUGUUCAUUAAACAGAUCUCCUAAGAAAAAUAUUAAGGUCAUAUUGGAGGGAGCUCUAGAAGGUUAUCAUUUAUUAAGAGGUAUUAAGAAGAAGAAGCCUAAUUGGAAGAAUAUUAUGGGGCAUCAACAAGAUAACGGAUGGGCAUGUGGAUAUUAUGUCAUGAAAAAUAUGUUUGACAUUAUUGAUGCUUGUAUUGUUGAAAGAUUCAAUGAGAUAUUCACAGACACCUCAUCAUAUGAAAAAGAGUCAAUUGAUCACAUCCGACAACUUUGGGCUCAAUUCUUUUUGCAAAAGGUUGAAGAGCAAGAGAACCAGGAAAAGAAAGAUUUAAUGACAAAACAGAAGCGAUUAAAAAAAACUUAUAUAUAG